GGCCCCGCCCUUCCCGGGUCCCGGGCCCGCCCUCCUUCCUCCCCCGGUCUGGCUCCGCGAGCAGGGCUGGGGGGCUGAGAGCCUGGCCCCCGCCUCGACGUCGGUCGCUGCCUGGAGUAGCCGCGAGCCUGCGGACCAGCGCCGGCUGAGCACCCCCGCGCCGAGCCACACCGGUGCUUUGCUGCACUCCCAGGAAAACAAGGAACCAGGAGUUUCCUGACAACUUGGAGAGAAGUCAUACUUCUCUUCACAGGAAUUAAAAUCUUACCCACAUCAUUCAUCCUGUAUCCAAGAAAACCCUCUUCUGGGAAAGCAUAAGGAAAAGAAAAGGAAAAGAAAAUACAUGCUGCUUCUGCUUCUGCUUCUGCAGUGCCAACGCCAGCCAUCAUGUGGAUUGGUGGUGGGUUUGGUGAGCUGUUGUCACAAAUUAUCUGGCUGUGUGGUGUCACCUGGCCUCUGCAUGGUCUCCCUCCCACAUUAUGCCUGAUGGAAAAUGGCCUCAUUACUUCUGUAUUUCUCCAAGGCCCUUCCUCUUUGCCUAGCCUGCAUGGUGAAAGGUCAAUGAAAAUAAAACCAGUUUCUCCCAGAGGUCACAGUGCAGUUGUACUGUUGUUGUGUUAAGCUAUGGAAACAGUGGAGAGGAAGAGAAGAUCAGGGGUUGGAGCUGAGGCUGAGCAGUUUUCUUGAGGGGUUUCAUCUUCCAAGGAAAGAUCUUUCUGAGCCAUUGAAGAUGCAAGGCUUUGGUAAGCACUUGAAAUCCAUCUCACUUCUCCCUCGUGCAAUGAGGAUAAUGUACUAGAUAAAAUGCCUUUAUUCUUCUUCCUCUUUGGUCUCCUCCUCCUCCUCCUCCUCCUCCUCCUCCUCCUCCUCUUCUUUUUUCACUUUCCUGGUAGUAGCUAUUCUUCUUGGAAGAGCAGAAUCUCAGAAUUCAAAGGCCAGGUAACUGAGAAAGGGAGCUGCCUAUCCUUCUAACUGGUGGGCACCUGGCUGUCUGAGCCAGGGCACAGAUUCCAGACUCUCCUUGGGUUGCUGUGUCUUGGGAUUUGACAUUUUAACUUUUCCUCCUUACUAACCACAUCUCUUCUCCUUUAAUUUUAGCCCAGGACACUUUGUUGGCUCUCAGGUGGGUUUGGGGAAUAACAUCCUGGCACCUGCCCCCUCUUGCUGAAUGUGAGCAUCCAUCAGGGAGCUGGCUCCUUAUCCUGGUGAAGCCUGAACAGAGCUGAGAAAUGGGCAGUUUGCCUUCUAGCAGCCCAUCCUAUGACUGAAUGGCUUAUUCUGAGGAGCAAGGAGGGGUCCCCUGUGGUUUCAUCCGCCAGAAUUCCGGCAACUCCAUUUCCCUGGACUUUGAGCCCAACACGGAGUACCGGUUUGUGGAACAGCUGGAAGAACGUUACAAAUGUGCCUUCUGCCACUCAGUGCUUCACAACCCGCACCAGACAGGGUGCGGGCACCGCUUCUGUCAGCACUGCAUCCUGUCCCUGAGAGAAUUAAAUGCAGUCCCACUCUGCCCUGUAGAUAAGGAGGUUAUCAAAUCUCAGGAGGUGUUUAAAGACAAUUGCUGCAAAAGAGAAGUCCUGAACUUAUAUGUGUAUUGCAAAAAUGCUCCUUCAUGUAAUGCCAAGAUUAUUCUGGGGCGAUACCAGGACCACCUCCAGCAAUGCCCGUUUCAAGCCGUGCAGUGUUCUAAUGAGAACUGUCAGAAGCCAGUCCUUCGGAAAGAUCUGAAAGAACAUUUGAGCGCAUAUUGCCAGUUUCGAGAGGAAAAAUGCCUUUAUUGCAAAAAAGAUGUGGUAGUAAUCAAUCUACAGAAUCAUGAGGAAAACUUGUGUCCUGAGUACCCAGUAUCUUGUCCUAACAAGUGUUUGCAGAUGAUUCCAAGAUCUGAGGUGGAUGAACACCUCGCUGUGUGUCCUGAAGCUGAACAAGACUGUCCUUUUAAGCACUAUGGCUGUACUGUAAAGGAUAAACGGGGGAACCUGCUGGAGCAUGAGCAUUCAGCCUUACGGGACCACAUGCUUCUGGUUUUAGAAAAGAACUUCCAGUUAGAAGAACAGAUUUCUGAUUUAUAUAAGAGCCUAGAACAGAAAGAAAGUAAAAUCCAGCAGUUAGCAGAAACAGUAAAGAAAUUCGAAAAGGAGUUCAAGCAGUUUGCACAGCUACUCGGCAAAAAUGGAAGCUUCCUCUCAAACAUCCAGGCUCUUGCCAGUCUCAUUGACAAGUCCGCUUGGCUAGAAGCUCAAGUGCGUCAGUUAUUACAAGUGGCUAACCAGCAACAAAAUAAAUUUGAUCUGAGGCCUUUGGUGGAAGCGAUUGAUACAGUGAAGCAGAAAAUUACUCUACUAGAAACCAAUGAUCAAAGACUAGUUGUUUUGGAAGGGGAGACUAACAAACAUGAUGCCCACAUUAAUAUUCAUAAAGCACAGCUGAAUAAAAACGAAGAACGAUUUAAACUGCUAGAAGGUGCCUGCUAUAACGGAAAGCUCAUCUGGAAGGUGACAGACUAUAAGACGAAGAAGAGGGAGGCACUCGAUGGGCACACGGUGUCCAUCUUCAGCCAGCCCUUCUACACCAGCCGGUGCGGCUACCGGCUCUGUGCUAGAGCAUACCUAAACGGGGAUGGGUCCGGGAAGGGGACGCACCUGUCGCUGUACUUCGUGGUGAUGCGAGGGGAGUUUGACUCACUGUUGCAGUGGCCAUUCAGGCAGAGGGUGACCCUGAUGCUUUUGGACCAGAGUGGCAAAAAGAACCACAUUAUGGAGACCUUCAAGGCUGACCCCAAUAGCAGUAGCUUUAAAAGACCUGAUGGAGAGAUGAACAUUGCGUCUGGCUGCCCCCGCUUUGUGGCUCAUUCCACUUUGGAGAGCGCCAAGAACACCUACAUUAAAGAUGACACCGUGUUCCUGAAAGUGGCCGUGGAUUUAACUGACCUAGAGGAUCUCUAGUCCCUGUUUCUGGGGGUGAUGAAGGACUUGUUGGGUCCAGAACCAUGGAGGAGGACACCUGUGAUUAUCAUAUGGACUGACAUUGAACUUAGUACACAUUUGUAUUUGGCUUCUUGCCACUUGGUGUUUGAAGGCAGUUUAAAACUUCUCAAGUGCUAUCUUCUUUUUACGUUUUACUCUAUCCCAGUUUGAAACUUAAAACCUUAGAAUAUUCUCUCAUUAUUUAUAUUUUUAUAUUUCUUGAAAGAUGUUAAGUUUCUUGAAAGCGAGGUCUGGGGCAUAUCUGUUUUACUGGUGCUUAGCAUAGCGUCUCAUGGUAGGCACUAUGUGAAAUGUUACUGAGGACACAGAGGAAGAAUUGAAAAUGCUUUGGUAUUUUAUUAUUUGGCCUGCUGAUUCUAGACCUGACCAUAAGCCUGCAAAAGCCAUCUUCCAGGGUAGACUACUCCAGUUAAGUAGUUGGGUGAUGUACUUUCAAAGACCAUAAGCCCAGUUUGGACCAGACUUUAUUUGGUCAAAUACAAAAUUUGUGGAAAUUACUACACCUCUAAAUAUUUUCAUUAAAAAUUACCAGUAGUCACCAAGUACAGUUUUGCAAGGCUGUGUUAGAACUGGUGAAUAGAGGAAGCAUAUUUAUUCUUCCUGUUGAAGUAAACAGAAAGUACUGCACUGUGUGUGUGUGUGUGUGUGUGUGUGUGUGCGCGCGCAGAGAGAGAGAGAGGGAGAGAUAGUUUAUACAUAUAUAUGGAGAUAUAGUCCUCCAACUAAAGCUCAUAUUUUAUUACGUACAACCAUGUGAAAAAAAGCUGUUUUCAUAGGUCAGAAAAGGUCAAGUAUUAACAGUUUCAUAAGGUUCAAUUUAGUAGAUAUGUAUGUACAUGUAUAUGUAUGUAUACACCUAGUUUAAAAGUAUGUUGGUAAUAAUAGUAAGUUACUGUGAGGAUGGGUAGAAUUUAGUACAUGAUGGAGAAAAAUGUCAUAAAUGGAUAAGAGGAAUUUAAACCUAGGGAGAACACCAUUAUUAUUCCUAUGGUGUCAGAAGUAUUCUCAUCCCAAACUGAUUGCUAAAAGCAGUAUCUCCUAUUCUUUUUGAAAGAACUUCUGAAUUCAUAAACUGAUAUGAAAAUGGGCAUUUAUAUAAACCUGUGACUUUUCUUGUUGAAGUUGUGAGUACUUUGUGAGGAACAGAAAUGAUUCUGUUCUUACGCAUCUGUCUGUGUGGGUCUAUCUACGAGGGUGUGUGUACCAGUCAAGUGAAUCCCAGUUUUCCUGAGCCCUCCUUUGUUGUUAUGCAACUCAGUGUUUCCUGACAUUCAAGCCGACUCCCUUGAGUGUGUGGGGAUAAAGUGCCCUGGGCUGAGGGCCACUUAAUGCAGCUUACCCGAGUGAGGACCGUGUACCUUAUAGCUUUUGAGCAGUCGAUCUGAUAAAAUAAACAUGAUUUUUAUACCAGUGGCUUCUGGAAUAAUUGAGACUUUCUUAAUCUCUUCUCUGAAAAAUUUCAAGAUGCUAAAGACUCAUCUUGCAGAAAUCAUCCCAAAGACUUAAAGAAAUAAGUUCACAAUGGAAACAUACUAAAGAACAACACUGUAGCUGCUGGUGAACUCUGGCACAAUUGAUGGUCAACAGAUUGACCUCACACACACUCAGGAAGCAUUUCUGUAGAUCACAGAGCCAGACCCAGUGGUUCUGUGUGUUUGUUUUCAAUGUUCCUAAUCCAGUCCAAGUCCUUGGGAGUAGAAGAUCAUAUUGUUGUAAUUAGUUUUAAGUGGGUAUGAAAAACAUUUUAAAGUGAAUUUAUCAAAAUACUGGUUUUGUGUUCUAACCAGCUUCUCUACAUAAAAAGCUUCAAUCAUGGCA